CUGGGAACCCCCAGACAUGACGUCCUUCUAAGGGCCGGGGCUGUCGUGGGCCAGUGGUCGAACCUGGGAACCCCCGGGACCCGCCGUCCUUCUAAGAGCCAGUACCGGGUGGACCAGGGGUUCGGGAUCCGUAGACCUUGGCUGGGUUGGGUCAGAUAGCCUCCCCCUAGGUGCCCUUAGCCGGAGGAACGUGAGUGUAGUCCCAGUGGUUAGGACACGCGAGCCCGGAGGCUGUACCUCCCUAAGUAUCGGGUAGAGGGGCCGCUACCCCUCUGUGUUAGGGAGCGUGUUUCUCACACGUAUCGCUAAUAAACGUGUUGCCUCAAGCGCUCCGUCUCCAGGCUCCUUGGACCCACUACACACGAAAGGGCACCUGCAACCAUAUUUGUAUGCGGGAGGGUCGUGGGUCCUCCGCUGGCCUGGACCACAUGGCGCUGUGACUGAGCACCCGCCCUCAGAAAGGAGCCACAUUUCCGCCUGAAAAUUUUGAUCUGAAAAACCAUGUACAAAGGGUCCCAUCUCAAGUACAGACGAAUAAACAACGCAUAUGUAGGUAACCGCCAUUACAGGAUGAUGAAGCUACGCCUCCCGGUCCUGUUCCUCUCGCUGCUGCUCAGCGUCUUCUUGCUGCUGAGCGUCGAGUACAAGUACAGCUGGACGGGCUCCCUCGUUCGCGUCCUCGACGUGCUCGGCAACUCGUCCGUCUUCAGGCCAAAGUCGGGGUCUGCUUCCGAUAAGAUCAACCACGUGACGCUGUGCGGCCAACGGGGAGCGCUGCAGAACACGUCGAUCAUGCGCGUGCGCGACACCAAGAUAUUCCUGGUGUCGGCGUACCACGACCAGCGCGAGGCCGGUCAGAGCACACGCAUCAUCGGCAUCGCCAACCGGUACGAGCCGGACAUGCUCUCCUGCCACUUCUGCUGCCGGGGACACUCGGAGAUCCUGACGGUCACCGCCAGCACCUACAUCCACUCGGAUCACUUUGACUUCCCGUACGGCACGGCCGAUUUCCUGUGCAUGGAGCCGCUGGACUGCGAGCCGGGACACGUGUCCGUCCAGCGCAUGCGCACAAUACCGGACGAGGAAGAGGCCGAGUGGGUCUUCAUGCCCGUGCGAAAUCGGCUCUACAUGCCCCCCACCUUCACGCAGGAAUUCAGCGUCUGCAUCUCCACACUCUUCGGUAACUACAGCAACGUCCUGCAGUUCGUGCAGGCGAUCGAAAUGUACCGCAUCUUGGGUGCCGGCCGCGUGACGGUGUACAACACAAGCUGCAGCUCUGAGCUGAACAAAGUGCUCCUCUACUAUGUCAAGACCGGCCUCGUCGAGGUCGUCCAGUGGCCCAUCACGGACUACGUGCAGGUGUCCAAAGGGUGGCACUACCCCGAGCACCCGGGCGAGCUGCACUACUACGGCCAGAUAGCGGCGCUCAAUGACUGUGUGUAUCGGCACAUGUACAGCACGCGCUACCUGGUCCUCACGGACAUCGACGAAGUGAUCAUGCCUUUGAAGCACACAAACUGGAAGGACCUCAUACAGUACUUGAACGACAAGUACGGAGCCGACAUUUACAUGUUCGAAAACCACGUGUUUCCCUACACGGUGUCGGAAGAGUUUGGGUCGAAGUUCCAGGCGUGGAACGCCAUCCCGGGCGUCAACAUCAUGCGCCACAUCAGACGGGAGCCGAACCAGCCGGAGGUCUUCAACCCGACCAAGAUGAUCCUGAACCCGCGCGCGGUGCUGCAGACGUCGGUGCACAGUACGCUCAACGCGCUGGGCAUCUCGGAGACGGUGCCCGGAGACACCGCAAUCAUGCACCACUACCGAUCGCCCGAGCAGCCCGACCUGCCGCUCGACUCGCUGGUCGUGGACCUCACGCUGUGGAGAUACAAUGCCACUCUGAUCAGGAACGUCAACAAGGUCCUCAACAGGGUCUUCUGGAAUGAGUAGGAACAACGGGCGGCGGUGGCGGCGGCGUUGAUUGCCGUGUUGCGUUUUUUGCGGUCUUGCAAUUUAAGUUAAACACUGGUGUUUGUGAGUUUCCGGUUUGCGAAUGUGGUCAAUGUAUGGGACAUAUUUAAUUGCUAAUCUUAUGAUUGUGUUUACAGUUAAAAUUUGUUAUCUUAAAUUUUUUCUGCAUUUUAAUCCACCAGGGCAAAAUAGGGUUUGUAUUGGUAGGUUUUAUGGAAGCUAGGGAAGUUAACGGUGGUUCCAGGUUUAUUUUAAACCAAUCCUAAUUAUUUUUUAUUGCUUUUGGGAGUACGACUUUGACAUGUUUUCAGGUUAAAACAUUAAAAAUGUGGCACAAAUUGAUUUAAAUAAAUGUUCAGUGUGUAUGUGCUACCAGUCUCUAAUGAGCUUAUUGUUUUCAUGACUCGUGUCCACGGAGGAUAGUCAAAUCCCAGCGGAUGGUGUCAGGAUUUUAAAAAGUAAAUCCUGUGGUGAUAAACAAAAAAUGUAAAUACGAUUUUAAACUUUGAAUGAGGGAUAAUUUGAAUGACGGGUGUGUUUUGGGCCAAAUGAGCUAGUAAAGACUCACAUGAAACAUUACAAAUAGAUUCGGUAGGAAUAUAUAUUUAUACAUCCAAAUGUAUAUAGUUGUAUAUUUGAAUAUGUAACGACACCAGCUGUUGAUACAUACAGCUCAUUUUAAAUUAUAAAGCCGUGUUAAUGUAUUCCUAAACAAUGCAUGGAGUUGACAUUUCUGAAUUGUUGCAUUAAUUAGUUUCACGAUGGAUUAUUCAGCAGAAAUCAUCAUUAUCACGUAUUAUCAAUCUUGCGAACCAGUUUUGAACAUAUACAGCAAAAUGCUAUUACUAUAAUUAAUAUAUUAAUGUCGGAGAAGUUUUUUUUUGCUCUCAAUCUGAUUAAGGGCUGUGUGCCACCAUCGCAGUUUAAUCACUGCUGAAACAUAUUUCAUUACUUUCAAUCACACACUCAUUACUAGUCCGUGACAUGCCUUGCUUUUGAAAGCGAUUGUGAGAUACCCUAUCUGUACCUUUUUUAUAUCGAGUUUACAUCUGACUGUUUGUAAACAUCUGUUUAAAUUACAUGCCUCUAAAAUGAGUUUCUGAUUUACAUAAACACAUGUAUCUUUUUUUAUUACUGAUCAUAUGUCUUCUUUAGUCAAAUGACAAACAGGUCAUUUAUAUUUUCUCCACGACACAUACCGAUAGUCAAUAAAUGAAUACAUUGAUAAAUGAAUUCAUAAUUGUUUCUCAUAUCCUCUUAAAUAAAUGGUACCUAGCAUUUAAAACAAUUCUGCGGAAAAUGUACAUGUGGUACAUUAACCUGCAGUUUCAAUUUUGAAAGGAGUGGCGUGCAUUUUUUUAGAGCUCCAGGUCAUGUACAACAUUGAAGGUUUGGACCCAUGAACAUUCAUCUCAAGUUGCUGAGCAGAGUGGUAAAGAGAUGUACUUUUAAUGGAGAACUGAGCAUAUGCUUGAACAGACAGUGAAUUGUCUUUUCACAUGUUUUCAUUUUUUACUUCCACUUUGCGUGUCAGUCGCUUUGGCUGUUGGCACACAAUGCCUUUUUUAUUUGCUUAAAAUGAAAAUAAAUCAAUCACUCUUUGAUGUGAACUACUUCUAUAUAUGAUCAAUUUGUCACAUUUCACAAUUUUCAAUGCAGAAGUUUGAUGGGAUAUCAUGCAAUUUGGCUCUAAUGGCUUGGGAUUGAGAUAAAGGAAUCGAGUUGUAUUCUUAGUUUCUUUGCACAUUGAGGUGAUGGCAUUGUUGAUAAGAUAACGCUCUUGAACUUUGUUUGUUCAAGUUGCCCAAAACUGCUGAUGACAAGUAUUGUGUUUGCUGCAAGAGCACGCACGCACAUUAUGUCUUACUUUAAAACGAAGAAGUUCGGAUUGUAAUUGUUAUAUGUUAUGGUUAUUUAAAUUGACAAUGUUGCCAUAAUAUAUUGCUAGUUCGCUGCGUACGCACCUGCGAUCUGGUUUUAACUCGGUUAUAUUAAGGUCACUGGCAAAAUCACAAAAACAAUACAAAUAGUUAGGUAUUAGCUAUAAUGGUGUGAAUUGCAUAUUUAAAAUGAAUUCGAAGUUUUACAUUUAUUAUUCGUUUUUUCAUUAAUUACCCCAUUUUACUGAGAAUAUGGCAGCUGUAACAAGUAUAUGCCAUUAAAUAAUCUACCUAAUAAAUGCCACGUGGUACGUUUGGGUGUUAAAUAACUUUUUAAAAAUCCACAUUUAUAUAUACAUGUAUAAAAAACAGAGCCUAUUGAAGAUUUUUUUUUACAUAAAAGCAGCAGAUAAGGUUUACGAACCAUGCCUUUUUU